AUGGCCACGGGCGAGAGCAAGCCCCUCGUCAUGACCCCGUUUAUGUGCGCGCUUUCGAAGAUGUCCACGGAGUCGGCUCCGAUCGUGUUCCCGGGCAAGUAUAUAGUGACCGCCUUCGUCAACAGGACGCUGAACACGGAGGACGCCUACGUCGUGUCCAAGGAGCUGGCCGAGUCCGGGAUGUUCUCCUGGUCCGGGUUGAUCUACUAUCCCCUGCCCAAGAACGUGGGGUACGUCAGGGUCGGCAUGGUCGUCAAGGACCAGUACUGGUGGGCGCCCGCCAUCGAGGGGACUGUGCUGGAGGUCGAGAUAAGCAGGUCGGGCGACCCCAUCGCGGUGGUGUACGUGGCCUCGAAGGUGCUCAGGAUCGGCGACAAGCUCGGGAUUAUGCACGGGCUGAAGUUCACCGUCGGGGAGUUGCUCCCGUACGAGGUCACGGUCACGUCGGUAGUGCCGGAGGACGAGAUGCCCAGUAUCAUCGACGAGAAGACCGGCAAGGAGUUCAAGCCGAACAUGCUGAUCAGUACGAAGAACCUCGCGAGGGGGCUCGGGGGGCAGGUCAGGGAGAUGGCCGCGGUGACGAACAUAUUCGACUCCAUAGAGGCGUUCAGGACCAAGGAGAUGCACAGGCCCAGGAAGGCGGUCGUGAUGUCGUUCGAGGACCAGAAGAGGGUCACCCCUAGGCUGCCGAAAGGGGACGUAGUGGUGCGCGGGAAGAGGUUGACGUUCACCGACACCACUAAGAAGCUGAGGACGGUCAGGGCCACGUACGGGAUAAUGCGCAUCUUGCAGCUCAGGCACAUCGCCGCGCUCAAGCACCACUACCUCUCCACCGUGUUCAGGUCGAUCACCGUCCCGAGGGGGAGGUACAGGAUGGGCACGCCCAGGCUGUCCGAGGGGGAGCUGCUCGCGAUUGUGAUGCAGAACUGCACGUCGGUCGACCGUGAUCGGCUACGACUACCCGUACCCGAAGCCGCCCUCGACGGAGAAGAUAGUUAG